AUGUUAGCAAUUAAUGCAUCAUUCUAUUUGCAGAUGCCAGAAAAAUGUUGUGUUCCUGGUUGCAACAGCAACUACAAAUCCAGCAAGGAAGAGGGUUACAUCUCAGUGUUCAGAUUCCCUACUGAAGAGGAAAACAGAAAACGGUGGACAAGAAAUAUCCCCAGAAAGGACUGGACUCCAUCAAAUAGAAGUGUCGUUUGCAUUAAACAUUUUGAAGAAUGUGAUGUAUCAAGAGUGGAGAUUUACAAGGACUCUGAUGGGAACUGUCACGAGUUUCCUCAUCAAAGGCCAUUGCUUUUACCAGAAGCUGUGCCAAAAAUAUUCCCUGGGUUACCAUCGUAUUUAAAUAAGGUGCAGCCUCCAAGAAGGUGUGACCCAGAAAUAAGAAGGAAGCGUCCACGCCAUGAAGAGGAGGAGAAGAAUGAAGCCAUGCUAAAUGAGGACAUUAUUGCAAAUUUUCAAUGUUUGUGUGCUGAGUACCAGGAUAGAAUAAACAGUGUAGGAAAGUGGAGUGUUAGUGUUAAAGAGAAUAAGAUAUUCUUUUAUACUAUAGAUUUUUCUGAAGACAUUCCUCAGGUCAGAGCGAGUAUGGAAAUUAAUGACAAACUCAUUUCAAGUGUGUGUGUGAAUGGUUUCAUUCUGUCACAUGAGCAGCUCAGCUGGAUUUUACCUUCCUCACUUAGAGUAACCAGAUGGUCACAAAUUGAAAAUAUUUUGAGUAGAGUUAUCAACUGUGAUAGCUACACACCCACCUUUAGUUCUCUUUUAAAUGAAUUAAAGAAUAUUGUAAAGAAACUUACUCUGCAUUGA